GCGCCCGGGGCCGGAGCGCUGCGACGGAGUGCGAGCUGCAGCCCGGACGGAUCUGGAGGCGGGCACGAUCCCCCGGACACACAGCCCUCCGCAGCACCCCGACCCCGAGCGCCUGCCGCCGCGCCGAUCUUGACCGCAGCGGCCGGGCCAUGGUCAUGGAGGUGGGCUGCCUGGACGCGGGCGCGCUGCGGGCGCUGCUGCGGGAGCGGGCGGCGCAGUGCCUGCUGCUGGACUGCCGCUCCUUCUUCGCCUUCAACGCGGGCCACAUCGCGGGCUCGGUCAACGUGCGCUGCAGCACCAUCGUGCGGCGCCGCGCCAAGGGCGCCCUGGGCCUGGAGCACAUCGUGCCCAACGCCGAGCUGCGCGGCCGCCUGCUGGCCGGCGCCUUCCACGCCGUGGUGCUGCUGGACGAGCGCAGCGCCGCCCUGGACGGGGCCAAGCGCGACGGCACCCUGGCCCUGGCGGCCGGCGCCCUGUGCCGCGAGGCCCGCGCCGCGCACGUCUUCUUCCUCCAAGGAGGAUACGAAGCGUUCUCGGCUUCCUGCCCAGACCUGUGCAAGCACUCGGCCCCCAUGGGGCUCAGCCUGCCCCUGAGCACCAGCCUCCCCGACAGUGCCGAGUCAGGGUGCAGCUCCUGCAGCACCCCGCUCUACGACCAGGGCGGCCCCGUGGAGAUCCUGCCCUUCCUGUACCUGGGCAGCGCCUACCACGCCUCCCGCAAGGACAUGCUGGACGCCCUGGGCAUCACAGCCUUGAUCAACGUCUCGGCCAACUGCCCCAACCACUUCGAGGACCACUACCAGUAUAAGAGCAUUCCGGUGGAGGACAACCACAAGGCCGACAUCAGCUCCUGGUUCAACGAGGCCAUUGACUUCAUAGACUCCGUCAAGAAUUCGGGGGGCCGAGUGUUCGUCCACUGCCAGGCCGGCAUCUCCCGUUCGGCCACCAUCUGCCUCGCUUACCUCAUGAGGACCAACCGGGUGAAGCUGGACGAAGCUUUCGAGUUCGUGAAGCAGAGGAGAAGCAUCAUCUCUCCCAACUUCAGCUUCAUGGGCCAGCUGCUACAGUUUGAGUCCCAGGUCCUGGCCCCCAACUGCUCGGCCGAGGCAGGGAGCCCCGCCAUGGCCGUGCUGGACCGGGGUGCUUCCACCACCACAGUCUUCAACUUCCCCGUGUCCAUCCCGGUGCACCCCACGAACAGUGCGCUCAGCUACCUGCAGAGCCCUAUCACGACCUCCCCCAGCUGCUGAACAGCACCCACUCCCCACGCUGGGCAGGAACUGCAGGGCCCAGGGGACCCCGGGGCUGCUCCUUAUUUAUUGAAACUCACUGGCUUCCAGGGGCCUCCUCCACCGUCACAGACACGAGAGUGGGACCAAUGGUGGGGGUGUAGCAGUCAGUCCCCUCCCCCACAGAGAGGGGUGGAAGAGAGAAAGGACUCGGCAUGUGGGCCGGCUUUUUUUUUUUCCUUUCUAGAAACUUCAUGCUUGACAUACCUUCCAGUAUUGCCAUUCCUGACGACUCAUACACAUGAGAGCGUACCUUAUUUAUUUAUUGUGUGUGUGUGUGUGUGUAGGUGGUCGGCCUUCACAAACAUCCACGUCUACUCCUAGCAGAACCAAAUACCUCAAUUUUGUGUUUUGAGUACUGUAAUUUCCUUGUAAAUAGGUCCUCGGCUGGUCUGCAAGCACCAGUGAUGGGGUGUUUGGGUGUGUGUGUGUGUGUUUAGUUGCCAACAGUUGUAUGUUUUGCUAAUUAUUUAUGACCUGAAAUAAUAUAUUUCUUCUUUGAAGAAGACGUUUUUGUUACAUGAGGAUGACUUUUUUUAUACGGCGGAAUAAAUUAUGAUCUUUAUGGAA